AUGUGGAAGCUGAAGAUAGGAGAUGGUGGGAAGAAUCCGUACAUAUUCAGCACAAAUGAGUUUGUAGGGAGACAGACAUGGGAGUUUGAUCCUGAUGCUGGGACUUCUCAGGAGAGAGCUCAAGUUGAAGCUGCUCGUCAACAUUUCUAUGAUAACCGUUUCAAGGUUAAGGCAUGCAGUGACCUUCUUUGGCGUUUUCAGAUUCUGAAAGAAAAGAAUUUUAAACAAACAAUAGAAAGUGUAAAGAUCAAAGAUGACGAGGAGAUAUCUGAAGAAAAAGUUGCAAUUACAUUGAGAAGAGCUGUUCAUCACCUAUCAACUCUUCAAUCUAAUGAUGGUCAUUGGCCUGCUUUAAACGCAGGUCCUCUAUUUUAUUUUCCUCCCCUGGUCUUUUGUAUGUACGUUACAGGACAUCUUGAUUCAAUAUUCCCCUAUGAGUAUCGGAAAGAGAUUCUUCGUUACAUAUAUUGUCAUCAGAAUGAAGAUGGAGGGUGGGGACUACACGUGGAGGGUCACAGUAUCAUGUUUUGUACUGUACUCAAUUACGUAUGUAUGCGAAUACUUGGAGAAGGUCCAAAUGGAGGUAAAGAAAAUGCUUGUGCUAGAGCAAGAAAAUGGAUUCAUGAUCAUGGUGGUGUGACACAUGUAUCUUCAUGGGGGAAAAUUUGGCUUUCGAUACUUGGUAUCUUUGAUUGGUGUGCAAGCAACCCAAUGCCCCCUGAGUUUUGGAUGCUUCCCUCAUUUCUUCUUAAGCAUCCAGCUAGAAUGUUGUGUUAUUGCCGAUUGGUAUACAUGCCUAUGUCUUACUUGUAUGGGAAGAGAUUUGUGGGUCCAAUCACACCACUCAUCUUAAUGUUGAGAGAAGAACUCUUGACUCAACCUUAUGAAAAAGUUAACUGGAAAAAAACACGUCACCUAUGUGCAAAGGAAGAUCUUUACUAUCCCCAUCCUUUGAUACAAGAUCUAAUAUGGGAUAGUUUAUACAUUUUCAUGGAGCCACUUUUGACUCAUUGGCCUUUUAACAAGCUGGUUAGAGAAAAAGCUCUCCAAACAGUAAUGAAACAUAUCCAUUAUGAAGAUGAAAAUAGUCGAUACAUAACUAUUGGGUGUGUGGAAAAGGUUUUGUGCAUACUAUCUUGUUGGGUGGAAGAUCCAAAUGGAGAUGCAUUCAAGAAGCAUCUUGCUAGGCUCCCGGAUUAUUUAUGGGUUUCAGAAGAUGGAAUGACCUUGCACAGUUUUGGUAGCCAAACAUGGGAUGCUAGCUUGAUCAUUCAAGCUUUGCUUGCCACUAACCUAAUUGAGGAUAUUGGUCCAACACUUGCAAAAGGACAUGAAUUCAUCAAGAAGUCUCAGGUUAGGGACAACCCUUCAGGAGACUUUAAGAGCAUGUAUCGUCAUAUCUCUAAAGGGUCAUGGACCUUCUCUGAUCGAGAUCACGGAUGGCAAGUUUCUGAUUGCACUGCAGAAGCUUUAAAGUGUUGUCUGCUCUUAUCUAUGUUGCCUCCGGAGAUUGUGGGGGAAAAGAUGGAACCUGAAAUGUUAUAUGAUUCAGUCAAUAUUCUACUAUCACUUCAGGGUAAAAAAGGUGGUUUACCAGCUUGGGAGCCAUCAGAAGCUGUAGAAUGGUUGGAACUAUUCAAUCCAAUAGAAUUUCUUGAGGAAAUUGUAGUUGAGCGUGAAUAUGUUGAAUGCACUUCAUCAGGAAUUCAAGCUUUAGUUUUGUUUAAAAAACUAUAUCCAGGACACAGAAAGAAAGAGGUUGAAAAUUUCAUUGCAAAUGCAGUUCGAUUUAUCGAAUAUAAACAAACAAGUGAUGGUUCAUGGUAUGGAAAUUGGGGAAUUUGCUUCACUUAUGGUUCUUGGUUUGCAAUUAGUGGUCUAGCGGCUGCUGGCAAGACUUAUAACAAUUGUGCAGCCAUUCGCAAAGCUGUUGAAUUUUUGCUUACAACACAAAGAGAAGAUGGUGGGUGGGGGGAGAGCCAUCUUUCAAACCCAAAAAAGAUAUAUGUACCUCUUGAAGGAAGCCAAUCAAAUAUUGUGCAGACAUCAUGGGCUAUUAUGGGUUUAAUUCAAGCUGGUCAGAUGGAGAGAGACCCUACGCCUCUUAAUCGUGCUGUAAAGUUGAUCAUCAAUUUCCAACAAGAAGAGGGUGAUUGGCCCCAACAGGAAAUCACAUCAGUAUUCAUGAAAAAUUGUAUGCUGCAUUUUGCAUUAUAUAGGGAUAUUUUUCCAACAUGGGCUCUAGCUGAAUAUAGGAAACGGAUUCAGUUGGCUUCCACUGUAGUUGCAGUUUAA